UUAGCCUGCCUGGGGAAAGUCUCCAGCCUCUUUCUCUAAUGCUGGGAAGUGAGAGCCCAGGGGCACACACUGUCCUCAGCUCUCUUUCCACUCAGACGUCUUGAGAUCUCUCACUGGAACAAGCCUGAGCUACUGCGGGGACACGUCGGAAGCGCUGUCCUAUAAGGUCCUAAGGUCCGGGGAGAAGCGCUUACUACAGGUGCAGCCACUCAAGCGCCGUCCUCUCCGUUCCCGGCCCGCCCACCUAGGGGCGCCGCCCAAUCCUCGCCAGGGAGCGUGGCAACGCCCACAGGUCAGACAGCCUGUAAGAAGGCAGGUAAGGGGUGGAGCCCGCAUACGCACUGCUGCGCCUGCGCCAAAGAGCGAGGGGCGUGGCCCAGACGCCAGGACGGAAGCGGGAGGCUAGAGGGGCGGGACGGCUGGUGUACCCUUUCCGGCCGGUCCCCAUGGAGGCGCUGGGGAAGCUGAAGCAGUUCGAUGCCUAUCCCAAGACUCUAGAGGACUUCCGGGUCAAGACCUGCGGGGGCGCCACGGUGACCAUAGUCAGUGGCCUUCUCAUGCUCCUGCUGUUCCUGUCAGAGUUGCAGUAUUAUCUCACCACCGAGGUGCAUCCUGAGCUCUACGUGGACAAGUCUCGGGGAGAUAAACUGAAGAUCAACAUCGAUGUUCUUUUCCCACACAUGCCUUGUGCCUAUUUGAGCAUCGAUGCCAUGGAUGUGGCUGGGGAGCAGCAGCUGGAUGUGGAGCACAACCUAUUCAAGAAACGACUAGACAAGGAUGGCAUCCCCGUGAGCUCAGAGGCUGAACGUCAUGAACUUGGGAAAGUCGAGGUGACGGUGUUUGACCCAGACUCGCUGGACCCCAAUCGCUGUGAGAGCUGCUAUGGGGCUGAGUCAGAAGAUAUCAAGUGCUGUAACAGUUGUGAAGAUGUGCGGGAAGCGUACCGCCGUCGAGGCUGGGCCUUCAAGAACCCAGACACUAUUGAGCAGUGUCGACGAGAGGGCUUCAGCCAGAAGAUGCAGGAGCAGAAGAACGAAGGCUGCCAGGUGUACGGCUUCUUGGAAGUCAACAAGGUGGCUGGAAACUUCCACUUUGCCCCUGGGAAGAGCUUCCAACAGUCCCAUGUGCAUGUUCAUGACUUGCAGAGCUUCGGCCUUGACAAUAUCAACAUGACUCACUACAUCAAGCACCUGUCAUUUGGAGAGGACUAUCCAGGCAUUGUGAACCCCCUGGACCACACCAAUGUCACUGCACCCCAAGCCUCCAUGAUGUUCCAGUACUUUGUGAAGGUGGUACCCACAGUGUACAUGAAAGUGGAUGGGGAGGUGCUGAGGACAAACCAGUUCUCGGUGACCAGGCAUGAGAAGGUCGCCAAUGGGCUGCUGGGUGACCAGGGCCUGCCGGGGGUCUUUGUGCUGUAUGAACUCUCACCCAUGAUGGUGAAACUGACAGAAAAACACAGGUCCUUCACCCACUUCCUGACAGGUGUGUGCGCCAUCAUUGGGGGCAUGUUUACAGUGGCUGGACUCAUCGACUCACUCAUCUACCACUCUGCUCGAGCCAUCCAGAAGAAAAUUGAUCUCGGGAAGACAACGUAGUCAUCCUCCCUGCCCUUCCUGUCCUCUGUCCCCUGUGAUUAUCCCCAGCCUCUUUCGAUACCCCACAUCCCUCCUCUCCAGAGUCAGCCCAGGGUGGUAAACAUUGAUAGGAAUGGC